AUGAGUAAAUGGACGAAAGAUUGUCCCGAACUAAGAAAGAGUACUUUCCUAGUAAAUGCUGUACUAAAACCGCCAGUUAUCGUAGAUGCCAGUGAGAGUGGAAUAACCUAUUGCAAGUGUAUAGAAAGGGGAUGUGAAAACAAUGCCCCCGUAGCAUGCCAUCACGGACAAUGUGAUGACGUAACUGGUGAAUGCGUCUGCUCUUACUGUUGGAAAGGACCUCAGUGCGAUCAGCCAGAAAACGCAUAUCUGCCUAUAUUUAUGCAGGAUUAUACCGAGGUUGAAGUGGCUACACAUAGCAAAGUGGUUGCCGUUGCCAUGGCGAGGGAUUUGGACGCGCUGAAAUGCCCGGAUAAGGACGAAUGCGCAUGCUCCAAAAUUCAUUAUUUUAUAGAAUCUGGAAACGACCAAUCCCUGUUCUUGGUGAAUCCUACGUCGGGUGAAAUAAUUUCAACCAUUAUGGUGUCAGUGAUUCCGAUUGGGGGUAUAAAAAGUCGCGAACGAAGGAGUGUGGGCCUCCCAGAAGAAGCUACAUUCACACUGGAGAAAUACGGAGAUUUCGCCGGUACGUCUGAAGUUAAAGUGGGUUCCAACGUUGAAAUGGGUCUUACAAUAUGGAUGCCAGCUACCACGAUGAAUAUCAGCAUUGUAAUCACCACUGACGUGUCAACAACGGCCUAUAUGACGCUGUGCUCCCCAAAUAUCUCGCAUACUGGUUCUAAUAUUGCAGGAAUUGAUGAUGAUUUAAUAAGCUACCACCUUCAGGCAGAUGCUGGGGACUAUAGGUACAAUCGUUUAGAAUUGAACAUCGGAGAAAUUGAAAACCAGGCACUUGAUCUUAUAAACCAAGAGGCCAGUGAAAUACGAAUAGGGUUUUCAGUCAUUAUGCAGGAUGUCGUGGACGUGGUUGACGGAGAUAUUGUUAAAGUGUAUGCCACGGUAGAAUACAACGACCAAGUGUGGAACGGCAACACACAGUUCACGUUUGUAGCAGAAAACUGGCUAAGCCAAGAUCCCGUCUUGACCGUAGAUGGCGCUACAGAGAUAAACAUGCUCUCCUCAGGGGUGUUUAACUUCAGCUUGGAAUUAAUGGACCCAUCGAAUGAUAUUCAAAUUAAAGUGGUGACGCCAUUCGAUGUAACGUCGGCUUUUUCUGUCUGUACAGUUUUUGUUCGAGACAAAGGAUCCAGUUUUACUUGUUUACCGGACGAGUUGCCGCAACUUAUGCUCUCGAAGGAAGAUGGUGCCGACACAAACGCCAUGGCAACCUUAGAUUUUGGACGCAUAGUAAACACAGGGUCUCGUAUCGAUGGCACGACAUCAGAAGACAAUGUCAUCACAGGUGAAUUCGUUGUAUUAUUAACGAAUAACACAGAAAUCAUAGAAGAAGAAAAAUAUUGGUUGGGAAUUUCUUUACUCGUCGAUGACGCAGAAAUAUACUCAUCGCAGUUGGCAGUCACGGCCAAACCUUUGGCGCCUCCGGGAAUGACGGAAGACCCUGUUAUUGUGUUCUACGCCAUAGAUUACAAUGAUGUACUGAUUGGUGGGUCAGUAGGAUUCGUCAUAAAUAUAACACUGGAAGAAAGGAUAACAACAGCAUUGGUAGUAGACAUGUCUAUGCCGUAUAAUAAGAACGCCGCUGUCUUCUCUAUAUGCAGUGCUAAAGUUGUCCACGUUGGUUUCAAUAUGCCGUGCGUUGGCGAGGCUAUACUGGAUUACUAUCGCGAGGAUGGGAUUCAUACUGACUACGUCCAGUUCAACUUUGGUCACAUCACUAAUACCGGACAACGUCACACUGAUGACGACAACACUAUAAUGAUCCACGUGACCGCUCAACUGAUGGACGAGCACCCGGAUGUAACAUUGAACAGUACGUUCCUAGUCACAUCCGGGGUCCGUUAUGAAAUGGCUGAUAAUGACGUUCUUUGGGUGGCACAGAUUCCGGUACUUGUGACAGAUCAGGCGCAUGUUUAUUCUCCUGACAAGAUGCCGUCGUUCGAAGUCAGGAAUCGCGCCAAUGACGACUACAUCUACAUGAACUCGGCUGCCUCAUUUGACUUCGAAAUGUUCAUUCCACCUGGAACGACUUUCAAAAAUAUACAUGCAAAAAUAUCGACCACUGUACUGUCUGGGAAGGCCGUGAUGGGCAUAUGCCGGGUUGAUAGGGUAUUUCUUGGAGAUAAUUUUGCGUGCUCUGAGCUUAAUGACUUCUCCAUCAUGUACGCGUCGUCAGAAAAUGAUGAUAUCAUCGACCUGGUUACCGUUUCCAUAGAAACCUUUAGCAACCCAGAGUACGAUGGUGAUACAACCACAGGGGAUAACAUAGUUAGAUUCGAGGUCCAUGUAGUUAUGGAAGAACACGUUAAAAUAGAAGAUGGUAUGCCACUAUGGAUUGAGUUCAGUGUGGAUAUAAAUGGGAAUGCAUUCUGGUCCAAUCAAGUCUCUCUUAUAGCGAAUUUUAGCUUACCCGAUUUCGAUUCAGUCGAGUCCAAACCUCAGUACGAUUUUUACCGAGAACCUGGUCGCACUCGAUCAUUGAAGGUAGGCGAGGCGGCUCUCUAUUAUGUUGCAAUUGGUACACCUGAACAGUCAGUUUCCAGUUACGAACUAGACGUCAUGGUACCAAAUAAUACGUUGUCUGUUUGUCAAGCUCGUCUGGUGGAGGCUGGAAAGAACCUUCCUUGUUUAGAUAUCACUAAACGUGCCAUCUACCUAGCUGAUGAGAGCGACCCUUCACAGAUUGACGAAGCUGUAUUUGAUCUUGGACCAAUUCGAAAUACAGGUAGCACAGUAGCCUCUAAUGCCAGUGAUAGCAUCAUACUAACCCAGGUUAUUGUUCAGUUGCGUCAAGCUGCCAUUCCUUCUGAUGACGCUCUGCUACCCGCAGAUCAACACUUCUCGGUUGGGGUGUCAACUAGUAGCCAGAGUUAUUGGACGUCUGAAGAUUAUAUUACAGUCGAUGUAGACCCAGUAUCACAUAACUUUGAUGUGCUCCCGGACCUCAUAUUAGCAAAGUUGACAGAGGAAUCCAGAGUCACUGCGGGAGGCGCCGCUGUGUUCUACGUCGACAUUUACGUACCACCUGGUACAACUGGUGAAUAUACAAUUGAGUUUCAUGGUGACGUUGACGACCCUCAUAGUACGCAGAUAUGUGAUGUCCAGGUGGUGUCAGCAGGUUGGAACUUGCCCUGCGUGAAUGGAAGUCAUGUACAAACUCGUUUUGUCUCCUCCUUCGACGAUGGUCAUUUCGACGUUGCUGGUAUUGAACCGUUUUCAAUUACAAAUGUUGCAGUAGGUGGCUCACUAUUGGACGACGAUAAUAAGCUGAGAGUUCAAGUGGUAGUUCAGAUAACAAUAGACUUGGAACUUCAUGAUGUGAAUGAUACAACCACAGACGACAAAGAACUAUCGGUUGGAGCUAGUGUAUCUCUAAACAGUGACACUAACACAUGGUUGUUACAAACACCGUUCACUGUAUCCCAACAUCUUAUAGCAGAUGAGACCAGUGCAGAACCUCUCUUUACGCUGACACCACCAUACGAUGGCAACAUCACCAUGUCUGUAGGUUCAGAAGAAACAUUCCUGGUGAACAUCAGUAUGCCACCAAUGUCGACUGGCAUGGUUAUGAACAUCAGUCUGCCAUACGUCAAUGAUGAGGCUCGAUUGACAAUCACACGUACAUCACUAGUUCACAUCGGUAAAAAUUUCGCUUGCAGUCAGUUUUGGGAAUGGGAGCCUGUCUAUACGUCAGACACUGGUACAACUCAGAACACUACAGCAAGCUAUGAUUUUGGUGUAAUUUUCAAUCACGGCAUUUCCCAUUAUUACCAAUUCAAAGAAUACAACCAAGAGGAUGACGAGCUUCACGUUGAAUUAACCGUACAACUGACAGAUCACAUCGACAAUGUCAACCAAUCUAUUGUUCCGAUUGAAGUGACAUUCAGUUACAGUCUCGGACGAUACGUGACCCUUCAUCGUGAUAUUCAGGUCGUCGUGUUUGGCGACGAACGCCCAGAUCUAACAUUCAACAUCACGCUGGAUUCAACUGAACCGGAGGAAUUACAACAAGGGGAUACAAUUGACGGUACAGUACACUUGAUGCACUCAUCUAUCUCAUCAGCGCAUGCGCAUAGUGUCCGGGUGAAUUUAAUGAUUCCUAAUUUUUUAACAUUUGACGAUAUAUUGGUACUAGAAGGACAUUCACCAAUCAUAACCACGGGAACGUAUGGUGUUCAAUUCCACAUUGAACAAAUGUUCUUCACGGAUAUCAUAUGCUUCCGAUUCAAUCUGACUAUCGAUCCAUUGCGUACAAUAGAGAUUGGUUCUGAUCUCAUCAAGGCCACCAUACCCGCGGACGUGAUUUAUUACCAACGGGAUAACAUAAACGAAAGUGGUACUGUCGUAUUGGGAGAUAAUUACCAUUCCCACAUCGAAGUGCUCGAUAUCAGUUUUAUCGUAGCUGAGUGUAUUGAAGCCAUUGAUACAUCUAUAUUCGAUCCAUGUCAGUUUACUGCCAGUUCAUUCUCUGUCUCCCACUUACCUUCGGAGUCUGCCAUCAACAGUGGGCUUGGUUGGGGGCCAGCUGUCCGGGAUAUGGCUCCCUACAAAGGAAAUGAAUACAUACAAUUGUCCUUUGGGGACAAAUAUCGCAUUACCGGGGUAACCAUCCAAUACGGCGCUGAAGAUGCGUACUAUGUAACGAAGCAUAUACUGAAACAUAGCAAUGAAGGCGUGGUAUGGACAGAUUACCAAGAAAAUGGUGUGGUGUUGGAAUUCGUUAAUAUAUACAAUGAUUCAUCCGAUGUACCUUUUGUUGAGCAUAUUUUGAAUGACCCAAUCGAGUGUCGGUAUAUCAGGAUAUCACCAACCGAGUACAUGCCGAUGGAAAAUCAUAUUUAUGAAUAUCCGCUUAUGAGAUUUCAAUUACACGGAUGCCGUAAAACCAAUGACGACACAUAUAUGGACGUAUGUCAGACUACAAAACCACUACCAGAUCUUGAUCAAUAUGAACGUGGUUUCAUUGUGGAUCCGGUAGAUGGCGCUGUGUUUGUCUGCAUAUUAGAAUAUAUAGAUGGACCAAUUAGAUGUUCUUGUUCACGUGACAGAGGCGACACAUGGCAUGAUAUUGACAAUAACGUUGCCAACGUGAUAGCCACAAUACCAUCCACCCGUGAAUUGUACGGUAUUGCACAGAACAAGAGAGCUGUGAUGAGAAGCGAUGACCUAGGAUUAACCUGGAAUACGGUCGUAUUUGAUAAUUACCUAGAAUAUGAAACAGAUGCCUUUAUAGAAGUUGUAAAGGCUCGUAGUGUACCAUUUGAUUUCAUCGAGGAUGAACCUCAUCCGUCUAGUGUAUUGGAAGAUGUAUCAGGCGAUGAAUAUUAUCAAUGGGGAGCUGCCAAGCGGGGUAUUUUUAAGAGACUGGGUCAAGUAGACACACAGGCCGCUGUCAACGACACUUCUUCGUUGACUUUUGGCUCUUGGAUAUUAGUUGAUUGGAGGAGUACAAUUGUUUCUAUGGUUACUGUAACAGCAAAGACGAAUGCGUCUGCAAUGCAUGCUGGGACAGGUACUAAUUGUACUCAACCAGCUGCUGUUAUUAAAACAGAGUUCAUAGAAUCGUUAUACGAAGUAGAAAUUAUGCAGAAUCAUUAUCAUUCUACACCAUUCCUGGUUGCUGACGUCACGAACUACGAACCUGCAGACAACUGUAAACAAGAUGUGAAGAUCCUGAUAACAGACGAGACAUUUGGAAGUCUGUUCGAUCUAGAUUCAACAUCUGGCGCGAUCAGCGUUAAAGAUGGUUCUCUGUUGAACGCUGGUCAAGUUUACUUAUCUCAGGUAAUCGCUGUCUAUGACGACGAAGAAUUGGGGUUACGACAUGUUCUUGAUACAUCCGAUGUUAAAGUGAGUGUCGUGGCCGUAGAAGAUAGCGAUUCUCACCUUAACUAUAAGCGAAGCAAAAGAGUUGUUGAACAAAUUGUGUUUGCAGAAAACGUAUCCCUUGCGUUAGAAAGGAUUGGGGAGGUGCCUGGAGAGAUAGCUGAUUUGAAUAUCGGCACAGCGGUGUCUCUGCGUCUUACUAUUACGCUUCCAUUGCAAGAAACCGAUAUAAGUGUAGAACUUUACACAACAGAUGGAAACAUAACUGCUGUUGUGAUUUGUACACCGCACAUCGCGUUCGUGGGUAGCAAUGUUAUCAUAAAAGGCGACGAACAACCGGUUAUAGACUCCAGUACCGGGAACCCGUUACAGCCUGAUACAGCUACCUUUCAUCUUGAAAGAGUCACCAACACCGGAAUUGAUACAGUCAAUAUUAACUCAAGCCAAAUCAUAAUUGAGUUUACGGCAUUAUUGGUGGACGAUGCUAAUGUGGAAGAAGGGGGCACUUAUCGGAUCAGCGCAGGAGCUGUUUAUCACAAUGAAACUAGUAUAUGGGUUGGACAGGUUAUUUUCACUACACACAUGUCAACUAUUUGGUUGCCAUAUGAAGAUGUUUCGUUUACCUUGGAUAUAUUCGAUGACACCUAUUCUGCUGUAUCUCUCGGUGGCUUUGUGAAGUAUACAUACACCAUCCAAGUACCUGUCGGCACGUCAAUUCCCUGUAACGUCUCGUUCUCUUCAAAUCCCGAUCUUGAUGCAGGUGACGUGUCUGUGUGUGUGGUAUAUGUGGCAUCAGUCGGCAGCAAUUUACCAUGCGUUGAUGUUGCCAAGCAACCAGAUAUCGAGGAAGAAGGACCGAAUGGUAUGAUAAACAAAGUAGUGAUGGAUAUGGGUUAUAUCUAUAAUGUUGGGAUUAGAAAUGAAUCAUACAAUAUGUCACAGAAUACGGCCGUUUUCAUUCUAUAUAGUGUUGAGUCGACGACGUACACACGCCCAGGUGACAGAAUGAACUUCCUGAUAAACAUAACGUUGCCGGAAGGCGUGGCUUCACUAUUCGUUAAAGUAUUUCUACCAUUCAACGAUACAGCAAACUUGGCGAUCACAAAUUUCCAGAUAAUUCAUGUCGGAGAUAAUAUCGGUUGUUUUGAUUCUAUGUUGGAACCUCGUUUUAUAUCAACGGAUAAUAGUUCUCAGUAUGAUCAAGCCUCGAUGGACUUCGGGAUUAUAGUUAAUACAGGGCAUACACGCAGUAAAGGUGUAUGGAAAGAAGAUGACGAUAUGAUCAUUAUAGACUUUGAAGUUCUGCUAACGGAUGCUGUUGAGAACGAGGUUGGAUCGGCUCAUUGGGUUAGCUGUGGCGCCAGUUACGCUAAUCAGCUUUGGAUUGGCCAACAAGAGAUUGUCGUGUCGCGCGACAACUCAGAACGACCAUAUUUAGAUUUUAAUGUAACAUCACAAGAUGGAGUAUAUAAUCUCAAUCAAGGGGAUACUGUCUCUUAUAAUAUCAGCCUUUUUCACACACUGGAAUCAACUGCAGAAGCAUAUAACGUCACAGUUUCUGUAUUUCUACCACCUUAUAUUUCCUACCACCAAGGGAUAUGGUAUGACGGCAUUGAAUCACUGAUAAUCACAUACCAACCUAAUGGCUUACAGUUGAAGUUGGCAAGACUAUUUUUCACUGACACUGUACAUUUUGGAUUUGUCGUCAUACUGGAUCCAGACAAUAUGCUUGACACACUCGGUGAGUACAUUGCCACCACUCCAGUAGAGCAGUUAUAUUAUAUGAAGCACAGAGUUGGGAACGUCAAUACAGCUGGCUCGGUAUUUUAUGAUCCUGGCUUGAAGAGUGUUACCUACGCUUUCAAUGUCACAGGGCAUCACAAUGUAUCAGAUAAUAACACAUGUAAAAUGGCGCUGGGGAUGGAAGAUGGAUCCAUUCUUGACUGUCAAAUAACAGCAUCCUUUGCACCUGAUGAAUAUGCACCAGCACACUAUGCCAGACUGAACAAUGCAGAUGGAGCAUGGAAAUCACAAGCACGGGAUGGAGAUCAAUAUCGUUACCUGAAAAUUGAUCUGGAAGACAUCUUUCAAAUCACAGAAAUUGCUACCCAAGGAGGAUCUGGCAUUGGUUUCAAUAAUGAAUUUUACUCAGGUGAAAUAUCAAGUUUUAAACUGUUUUACAGUACAGACGAUAAUUUAUACACCUCUGCCAAACCACUGGAUGGAUUAUCCUCGAUAUUUUAUCACGACUAUGGUACAAGUGUUGAUUCCAUCACAUAUAAUAAACUACUGGAGCCGAUAACGGCCAGAUAUGUCGUGGUAUCCAUAAUCAGUUUUGAAUCUACAUCGAGCACCUUACAGGCAUAUACCUCACUCCGUAUUGAACUAUAUGGUUGUCCUGAUAAUACAUCACAAUAUUUUGUAUGUACUGAAUAUUGUAGAUUCAGUGAUGAUGGGGAGUGUGAUGAUGGGGGCGAUGGACACAUCACCUCUAUAUGCAACUUCGGCACCGACUGUACAGACUUGUGGACUAAGAAUGCUAACAGCAACGACGGAGAGUGCGAUGAUGGAGGCCAGGACUACGUAACCAGUUUGUGCGAUCAUGGCACAGAUUGCCUAGACUGUGGAUCAAGAAAACCAACCGACACCAGCUGUGAGGAUUCAAUAGUAACAACCAGUCCAGAAGAGUAUGAUAGAGGGUUUGUUCUGGAUGUAGAUAACCGUACCCUGUAUGUGUGUGAUAUUUCACGAUAUUAUCAAUUCGGGGACUUGUUACAAGGCACUGAAGACACAUAUAGAAAAAUAAUCAGAGCAAAGCAAUGGGAAUGUUAUUCUAGUAUUGAUGGGUCAUCAUGGAAAAAGUUGAAUGGGAUGGUUCGAAAUAUACUAGGCUACCAUAGAGAAACCCACUGCAUAUAUGGGCUUUCCAAUGAGAAUGCUGAUAGAAUGCACUAUAUAUCUAGUGAAGAUGGCGGAGAAACAUGGAGCCAGAUAUCCUCCUAUGAAUGGGAGAUUAUACAGACGGAUUAUUCUAACUUUGUGUCAGCAAUAGAGGUGCCAUACAUCUCCACGAGUGGUUUUAAUAUAGUUGAUUCUGACAUAAUCCCUGAUUUAUUCGUAUUAGAUCGAUGGGGAGCCUCAUUUAGUGGCAUGCAUUUCAAUGAAAGCAACACUUGGAUGCAAAUACUCGAGUGGAACAGUUUAAGCUGCGCCUAA